AUGGGACUUUCAGCAGACUCGGGCGCUCAGCCGAACGGGACACCGUCGAGCUGGGCAGCCAAGAAGAACAUCGGUGAGCACUUCAUUGGGCUUAACCACCUCGGAAACGCACCACCCUCGAAGGUGAAGGACUUCGUGGCCAGCCAUGACGGCCACACCGUCAUCACGAAUGUCCUCAUCGCCAACAACGGUAUCGCAGCGGUCAAGGAGAUCAGAUCGGUGCGGAAAUGGGCGUACGAGACGUUCGGCGACGAGAGGGCAAUCCAAUUCACCGUCAUGGCCACCCCGGAAGAUCUGCAGGCGAACGCAGAUUACAUCCGCAUGGCCGACCAAUAUGUUGAGGUCCCCGGAGGCACCAACAACAACAACUACGCCAACGUCGAGCUCAUCGUCGACGUGGCAGAACGCAUGGGUGUCCACGCCGUCUGGGCCGGCUGGGGUCACGCCUCCGAGAACCCGAAGCUCCCCGAGUCGCUCGCCGCGUCGCCACACAAGAUCGUCUUCAUCGGCCCUCCCGGUUCGGCCAUGCGCUCGCUCGGAGACAAGAUCUCGUCUACAAUCGUUGCUCAGCAUGCGAACGUUCCCUGUAUCCCGUGGUCGGGUACUGGCGUGGACCAGGUCGUCGUCGACGACGGCGGAAUCGUCACGGUGCCCGAGGACGUGUACGACAAGGGCUGCACACACUCGCCCGAGGAGGGUCUUGAGAAGGCCAGGGCGAUCGGCUUCCCCGUCAUGGUCAAGGCCUCGGAGGGUGGCGGCGGCAAGGGUAUCCGCAAGGUCGAGUCGGAGGAGAACUUCAUCCAGAUGUACCGCGCUGCCGCCAGCGAGAUUCCCGGCUCGCCCAUCUUCAUCAUGAAGUUGGCCGGCAACGCUCGGCAUCUGGAGGUGCAGCUCCUGGCUGACCAGUACGGCAACAACAUCUCGCUCUUCGGCCGUGACUGCUCCGUUCAGCGGAGACAUCAGAAGAUCAUUGAGGAGGCGCCGGUGACGGUCGCAAACUCGGAGUCGUUCCAACGGAUGGAGAAAUCAGCAGUGGCGCUGGGUAGAUUGGUCGGCUACGUCUCGGCGGGUACGGUGGAAUACCUGUACUCGCACGAGGACGAUGCCUUCUACUUCCUGGAACUGAACCCGCGUCUGCAGGUCGAGCACCCCACCACCGAAAUGGUUUCUGGCGUAAACCUGCCCGCAGCCCAGCUCCAGAUUGCCAUGGGCAUUCCGCUGCACCAGAUCCGCGACAUCCGUCUUCUGUACGGUGUUGACCCCCACUCCGCCACCGAGAUCGACUUCGAUUUCUCCUCUGAGGAGUCCCUCGUCAACCAGCGUAAGCCCAAGCCCAAGGGUCACACGACUGCCUGCCGUAUCACCUCGGAAGAUCCCGGAGAGGGUUUCAAGCCUUCCAGCGGUACCAUGCACGAGCUGAACUUCAGGAGUAGCUCCAAUGUUUGGGGUUACUUCUCCGUCGGUACUGCCGGUGGUAUCCACAGCUUCUCCGACAGCCAGUUCGGUCACAUUUUCGCUUAUGGCGAAAACCGUACCGCAUCUCGGAAGCACAUGGUUGUUGCAUUGAAGGAAUUGAGCAUUCGUGGCGACUUCAGGACGACUGUUGAGUACCUGAUCAAGCUUCUGGAGACUCCCGCCUUCGAAGACAACACCAUCACCACCGGCUGGCUUGAUGAGCUCAUCUCGAAGAAGCUCACCGCCGAGAGGCCUGACCCGAUGAUCGCCGUCAUCUGCGGUGCAGUCCAAAAGGCCCACGUCGCUAGCGAGGCUUGCAUCACCGAGUACAAGAAGGGUCUGGAGAAGGGUCAGGUUCCGUCCAAGGAUGUCCUGAAGACCGUCUUCCCCAUCGACUUCAUCUACGAGGGCUUCCGUUAUAAGUUCACCGCUACCAGGUCUAGCACCGAUGCUUACACCUUGUUCAUCAACGGCUCGAGGUGCCAGGUCGGUGUCCGCGCUCUUGCGGACGGCGGUCUCCUUGUUCUGCUCGGCGGCAAGUCUCACAACGUCUACUGGAAGGAGGAAGUCGGUGCGACGCGUCUUUCCGUCGACAGCAAGACCUGCCUGCUCGAGCAGGAGAACGACCCCACUCAGCUCCGUACCCCCAGUCCUGGUAAGCUUGUCAAGUUCAGCGUCGCCAACGGCGAGCACAUCAGCAAGGGACAGGCCUUCGCCGAAGUUGAGGUCAUGAAGAUGUACAUGCCCCUGAUCGCUCAGGAGGAUGGUGUCGUCAACCUCAUCAAGCAGCCCGGCGCGACUCUCGAAGCUGGCGAUAUCCUCGGUAUCUUGGCCCUGGACGACCCCUCGAAGGUCAAGACUGCCCAGCUCUUCCUCGGCCAGCUGCCUGAGUUUGGUCCGCCUCAAAUCAUGGGCAGCAAGCCCCCGCAGCGCUUCACCUACCUGUACAACAUUCUUCAGGACAUCCUCAAGGGUUUCGACAACCAGGUCAUCAUGGCCGAUACUCUUAACGAGCUCAUCGCUGUCCUUCGCGACCCUGAGCUUCCUUACGGCCAGUGGAAUGCUCAGGCUUCUGCUCUCCACGCCCGCAUGCCUCAGAAGCUCGACGCUGCUCUCGAACAGAUUGUGGAUCGCGCCCACAGCCGUAAUGUCGAGUUCCCCGCCAAGCAGCUCAUCAAGACUUUCAACCGCUUCCUUGAGGAGAGUGUUGACCCUGCUGAUGCUUCCCUUCUCCGCACCACUCUCUCCCCUCUCCUUGAGAUUGCCAACCAGUACAUUGAGGGCCUGAAGGCGCACGAGUUUGCCAUCAUGGCUACCCUCGUUGAAGAGUACACUGCUGUCGAGUACCAGUUCUCUUACCGUCAGAACAGGGACGAGGAGAUUGUCCUUAAGCUCAGGGAUUCACAGAAAGAUGAUCUUGUACCUAUCGUCUACACUGUCCUGUCUCACACCAGGGUUGGGUCCAAGAACAACCUUCUCCUUGCCAUCCUGGACUCUUACAAGCCCAACAAGCCGGGUGUCGGAAACGUUGCCAAGUACCUGAAGGAGCCUCUCCGCAAGCUGACCGAGCUCGAGUCUAGGGCUACCGCCAAGGUCGCCAUCAAGGCUCGCGAGGUCUUGAUCCAGUGCGCCAUGCCUUCCCUUGAGGAGCGUACCUCUCAGAUGGAGCACAUCCUUCGCACUUCCGUUGUCGAGUCCAAGUACGGCGAGAGUGGCUGGGACCACAGGGAGCCUGAUUUCGAUAUCAUCAAGGAGGUCGUUGACUCGAAGUACACUGUCUUCGAUGUUCUGCCCACCUUCUUCGCUCACUCUGACCCUUAUGUCGCUCUGGCUGCUCUUGAGGUUUACACGCGCCGCGCCUACCGUGCCUACCAGCUCAAGCAGAUCGACUACCACAUCGAGACCGAGGCGCCCUACGUCCUUUCUUGGGAUUUCGCCCUGCGCAAGGUCGGCGAGUCUGAAUUUGGCCUCCCGGUCGAGUCUUCGCACCCGUCCACCCCCUCGACCCCCAGCGGUGAACAGAGCUCUUUCUUCGGCAAGCGUAUUCACUCCAUCAGCGAUAUGAGCUACUUGCGCCGUGGCGCGGAGGGUGAGCCCACCCGCAAGGGUGCGGUUGUGCCUAUUCCCUUCCUCGAGGAUGCUGAGGAGUACCUGAUGCGUGCUCUUGAGGCCUUCCCUACGGUCGGCUCGACCAAGAAGCGGGCUUCCAGCGGCAACAACGGUCUGAUCGCCGAUCUUGCUGGCAAGCGCAAGCCUGCCCCUAGGCUGGAGAGCGAGGAUGAGCUUACUGCCGUCUGCAACGUUGCCGUCAGGGAUGCCGAGAGUUUCGAUGACACUGAGAUCCUGGGUCGCAUUACUCCCAUCGUCAACGACUAUAAGGAGGAGCUCUUGGCUAGGCGCGUCCGCCGUGUGACUUUCAUCUGCGGUCACAAGGAUGGCACUUACCCCGGCUACUACACUUUCAGGGGCCCCCUCUAUGAAGAAGACGCCAGCAUCCGUCACAUCGAGCCAGCUCUUGCUUUCCAGCUUGAGCUUGGACGCCUGAGCAAGUUCAACAUCAAGCCUGUGUUCACUGAGAACCGCAACAUCCACAUCUAUGAGGCUGUUGGCAAGGGCGCGGAGAACGACAAGAGGUACUUCACGCGUGCCGUUGUUCGUCCGGGCCGUCUCCGGGAGGGCAUUCCCACGGCCGAGUUCAUGAUCUCCGAGGCUGACAGGUUGAUGAACGACAUCCUGGAUGCUCUCGAGAUUAUUGGCAACAACGGCUCUGACAUGAACCACAUCUUCAUCAACUUUUCCACCGUCUUCCCCCUGCAGCCCCAGGAUGUCCAGGAGGCUCUCGGUAGCUUCCUCGACAGGUUCGGUCGCCGCGCCUGGAGGCUCCGUGUCACUGGUGCUGAGAUUCGCAUCAUCUGCACCGACGAGCACGGCGAGCCCUACCCUCUUCGCGUGGUCAUCACCAACACUGCUGGCUACGUCGUCGACGUUGAGCUCUACGCCGAGAAGAAGUCCGAGAAGGGUGGCCAGUGGCUCUUCCACAGCAUUGGUGGUACUACCAAGAUUGGCGCCAUGCACCUGCGUCCCGUCUCCACUCCCUACCCCACCAAGGGUGCUCUCCAGCCCAAGCGCUACAAGGCCCACAUCAUGGGCACUCAAUACGUCUACGAUUUCCCUGAGCUUUUCAGGCAGGCUAUUGAGAACUGCUGGCACUCCUCUUGCGCCAAGAGCCAGGCGCUCAAGGAGAAGCAGCCCGUCAAGGGAGAGUGCAUCGAGUACAACGAGCUUGUUCUCGACGACAACGACAACCUGGCCGAGGUCAACCGCGAGCCGGGUGCCAACACCAUCGGUAUGGUCGGUUGGAUCGUCACGGCCAAGACCCCUGAGUACCCCAAGGGCCGUAAGUUCAUCAUCAUCUCCAACGACAUCACCUUCAAGAUCGGUUCCUUCGGCCCGGCGGAAGACAAGUUCUUCCACAAAUGCUCUGAGCUUGCCCGCAAGCUUGGCAUUCCUCGCAUCUACCUGUCUGCCAACUCCGGUGCCCGCAUCGGUAUGGCCGAGGAGCUGAUCCCGCAUUUCUCCGUCGCCUGGAACGACCCUACCAACCCCGAGAAGGGCUUCAAGUACCUCUACAUCACCGAGGAGAAGAAGAAGGCCUUCGACGAGGGUGACAGGCGCGAGGUCAUCACCGAGCAGAUCGAGGACGAAGGUGAGGUCAGGCACAAGAUCACGACCAUUAUUGGUGCCGAGGAUGGUCUUGGUGUUGAGUGUCUGCGUGGCUCCGGUCUCAUCGCUGGUGAGACUUCCAGGGCCUACGAGGACAUCUUCACCAUCACCCUGGUCACUUGCCGUUCGGUUGGUAUUGGUGCUUACCUCGUCCGCCUCGGCCAGCGUGCCAUUCAGAUCGAGGGCCAGCCCAUCAUCCUUACUGGUGCUCCGGCUAUCAACAAGCUGCUCGGCCGUGAGGUCUACACCUCUAACCUGCAGCUUGGUGGCACUCAAAUCAUGUACAAGAACGGUGUCUCGCACAUGACUGCCUCCGAUGACUUUGAGGGUGUGUCCAAGAUCGUCCGCUGGCUGUCGUACAUCCCGUCCAGCAAGGGUCAGCCCAUCCCCCUGUCUCCUACUGCCGAGCACUGGGACCGCGAUAUCACCUACUACCCGCCGCAGAAGCAGCCUUACGACGUCAGGUGGCUCAUUGCCGGUAAGGAGGACGAAGAGGGCUACCUCUCUGGUCUCUUUGACCGUGGCUCCUUCGAGGAGUCGCUUGGCGGCUGGGCCAAGACGGUUGUCGUUGGUCGUGCUCGUCUCGGCGGUCUUCCCGUUGGUGUCAUCGGUGUCGAGACCCGCGCCGUUGAGAACGUCAUUCCUGCCGAUCCCGCCAACCCCGACUCCAUCGAGCAGAUCACCUCGGAGGCCGGUGGUGUCUGGUACCCCAACUCGGCCUUCAAGACGGCCCAGGCCAUCAAGGAUUUCAACAACGGAGAGCAGCUUCCGCUGUUCAUCCUUGCCAACUGGCGUGGUUUCUCUGGUGGUCAGCGCGACAUGUUCAACGAGGUCCUCAAGUACGGUUCCUACAUCGUCGACGCGCUCGUCAAGUACGAGCAGCCCGUCUUCGUCUACAUUCCUCCGUUCGGCGAGCUCCGUGGCGGUUCGUGGGUCGUCGUGGACCCGACCAUCAACCCCAAGUUCAUGGAGAUGUACGCCGACGAGGACUCGCGCGGCGGCGUCCUCGAGCCGGAAGGCAUCGUGGGCAUCAAGUUCCGCAAGGACCGCCAGCUCGAGACGAUGGCGCGCCUGGACCCGACGUACGGCGAGCUCAAGCGCAAGCUGGCGGACAGCAGCAGCCUGUCCAAGGAGGAGCAGCAGAAGCUGCGGGCGGAGAUGACGGAGCGUGAGCAGCUGCUGCUGCCCGUGUACGGCCAGAUCUCGCUCCAGUUCGCCGACCUGCACGACCGCGCCGGCCGCAUGGCGGCCAAGGGCGCCAUCCGCAUGCCGCUGCGCUGGCAGAACGCCCGCCGCUUCUUCUACUGGCGCCUGCGCCGCCGCAUCAACGAGGAGUACAUCCUCAAGCGCCUCGCCGUCUCCGACUCGGGCGCCAUCAGCCGCAACGAGGCGCUCGCGCAGCUCGCGGCCUGGUCGGGCGUCGAGGACUUUGCGAACGCCGACCAGGCCGUCGCCGAGUGGAUCGAGACCAACCGCAAGGAGGUCGCGUCCAAGGUGGAGAGCUUGACGAGGGAGACGACGGCGUACCAGGUCGCGGAGCUGGUGAGGAAGGAUAGGGAGGCGGGCCUGAAGGGCAUUUUGGCGGCGUUGGAGACGCUGCCGACGGGGGAGAAGGAGGAGUUGUUGAAGAAGUUGGCGAGUGCGUAG